ACAGAUGUAGCCUAACAGAAAACAUCGCUUAACAGAAACAUAUUUUCAGAAUACGGGGGCACGACAGAAAAGGAAAAACGGCAUCCACUCGCAGGUGAAUGUGAGGAAUAGUGAAGGAAACUCCGCGGUCCUGCGCGCUAUUGCGGUGAUGGAGCUCAAAGCACUUGUAGCUGCGCUCCGUGUGUCUGAUGCUGAACGAUGCUGAGAGUCUGGCCUCAAGAUGUUGGAAUUGGGCACUUGUUCGGUCAGCGCUCAGACCCUCUCUGACUGCAAUGCCCUGGCAGUCCCGUCUUUCAAUCAGGGCAUGUGUGGAGGGAGCCCGCCACAGCAAAGUUUCCUCCUCCAGUCUCAGGACCCAGAGAGCUGGCUCAAGCACCGGGGAACCCUGGAGGACGGCUCCCACUCCUGUUCACUCCUGGAGCCCCAGAGCCUGGCUGACAGCUUCCUGUCCCAUGCAUCCAGUUUCGACAUGCUCUAUGUCCCCCACGCCCAUCCCAUGGGUCUGGCACCAUCCUCCCUGGAUCUUGGAGGGUCAUGCGAGGGGGCGGCCUCAUUGUGUCUGGACCCCGACAUGCCCGUCAGCCCGAAUAUCAUUAAACGGCGCAGGGGGGGACUCAUUGAACAACGGGACAUCAUUAAAGCACACCAGGCACACAAGAUCCAGAGCACCCCACAGGCCCGGCGCAAGGAAUGGGAAAUGGCUCGCUUCGGAGACGAUGUUCCCGGUCUGCUGGGAGCCGGGGAUGGGGGUUCGGAGCGCAGUCGGAACCGGGAUGCACCGGCGGUAUCCACAGGUGGAGUUUCACCAGCCUUCAAACAGACCAAAGCGCAACGAGCCCGAACCAUGGCCCUGUACAACCCCAUCCCGGUCCGACAGAACUGCUUCACCGUCAACAGAUCGCUCUUCAUCUUUGGAGAGGACAACAUCGUUAGGAAGUAUGCUAAAAAGAUCAUAGAAUGGCCUCCGUUUGAAUAUAUGAUCCUGGCAACCAUUAUCGCCAACUGCAUUGUCCUGGCCUUGGAGCAACACCUGCCUGGAGAGGACAAGACACCCAUGUCAAAAAGACUUGAAAAAACAGAGCCCUACUUUAUAGGAAUGUUUUGUUUUGAAGCCGGAAUAAAAAUCAUUGCCUUGGGAUUUGUAUUCCACAAGGGCUCGUACCUGAGGAAUGGCUGGAACGUCAUGGACUUCAUUGUCGUCCUAAGUGGGAUUCUGGCCACAGCAGGAGCCCACAUGAAUAUUUCAUUAGACCUGCGCACGCUGAGGGCUGUGAGGGUAUUACGGCCCCUUAAACUGGUUUCUGGCAUUCCUAGUCUGCAAAUAGUUCUUAAAUCCAUAAUGAAGGCGAUGGUGCCACUGCUACAGAUUGGUCUGCUGCUGUUUUUUGCCAUUCUCAUGUUUGCUAUUAUCGGACUGGAGUUCUACAGUGGAAAACUCCACAAAAGAUGUGUAGCUUAUUCAAACAUUACAGACUCUGAGAGAGCAGACUCAUCUGAAAUUGAUUUCCCAUGUGGGGCCAAGAAUUGUCCUGAAAAUUAUAACUGCUCCGGCCCGUGGCCCGGACCCAACGAUGGCAUCACUCAGUUUGAUAACAUCUUAUUUUCAAUACUCACUGUCUUCCAGUGCAUCACCAUGGAAGGCUGGACAGCUGUACUCUAUAAUACCAACGAUGCCUUAGGCUCUACUUGGAAUUGGCUCUACUUCAUUCCUCUAAUAAUAAUUGGCUCCUUCUUUGUGUUGAAUCUGGUAUUAGGAGUCCUGUCAGGGGAGUUUGCUAAAGAGCGAGAGCGGGUGGAGAACCGAAGAGCCUUCAUGAAGCUCAGAAGACAGCAACAGAUAGAGAGGGAGCUGAAUGGGUAUCGGGCCUGGAUCGACCGUGCAGAGGAGGUGAUGCUUGCUGAGGAGAACAAGAAUUCAGGACCUUCUGCUUUAGAUGUGCUAAAAAGAGCCACCACAAUAAAGAGAAGAGGGGUGGAUGAUGUUCGGAGAUCUCCAGAGGAACAGUAUGCUGACAUAUCGUCUGUAGGGAUGCCAUUGAACAGAGCCAGCAUACGCAGUGCUAAAAGAGGACCGAAGUCCUAUUUCCGUCGGAAAGAACGCAUGCUACGGAUUUCCGUUCGCCGUAUGGUGAAGACUCACACCUUCUACUGGAUCGUUCUGAGUCUGGUGGCCCUCAACACUUUCUGUGUCGCCAUCGUACACCACAAGCAGCCUCAGUGGUUGUCUAGUCUCCUUUACUUUGCAGAGUUCCUGUUUCUAGGCCUGUUUCUUACAGAGAUGUUUCUCAAGAUGUAUGGACUUGGGCCCAGACUCUAUUUCCACUCCUCCUUCAACUGCUUUGAUUUUGGGGUGAUAGUAGGCAGUAUUUUUGAGGUGCUCUGGGGGUUCUUCAGACCUGGCACAUCCUUUGGGAUCAGCGUUCUGCGUGCCUUGCGGUUGUUGAGAAUUUUCAAGAUCACAAAGUACUGGGUGUCCCUGAGGAACCUGGUUGUGUCUCUGAUGAACUCCAUGAAGUCCAUUAUUAGUUUGCUCUUCCUGCUUUUCCUCUUCAUUGUGGUCUUUGCACUUCUGGGCAUGCAGCUCUUUGGUGGAAGGUUCAUCUUUGAAGACUACACACCCACAAAUUUUGACACUUUUCCAGCAGCCAUCAUGACAGUGUUUCAAAUUCUCACUGGCGAGGACUGGAAUGAAGUCAUGUACAAUGGCAUCCGGUCUCAAGGUGGCGUGAAGUCUGGGAUGUGGUCGUCUGUCUACUUCAUUGUUCUGACUCUGUUUGGAAAUUAUACACUGCUCAACGUCUUCUUGGCUAUCGCUGUUGACAAUUUGGCCAAUGCCCAGGAGCUCACAAAGGAUCAAGAGGAGGAGGAAGAGGCAUUUAAUCAGAAACAUGCCCUGCAGAAAGCCAAGGAGGUUGGGCCAAUGUCCUCUUUCAUGUCCUCAGAGAGGAGGAGAAGGCCCUACCUGUACAGGAAGCGUGCAAUUCACCGGAGCCGUGCGGCUUACUCCUUUGAGGAUUCAGAGAGUCUGGCUGAUGCUCGUCCACUCAAUGCCUCUAACUCUUUCAUGUCCAGGAGAGAGAGAAGGAGGAGAUUGACCAUGUCAGUUUGGGAGCAGAGGACCAGCCAGUUGCGCCGACACAGACAGAUGUCCAGCCGCGAGAUCCUUUUCAGCAGCCCCAGUGAGGAGCACGAUGGACCACCUGGAUGCCUUCACCACAAGAAGCCUGGGAUAUCUCCGUCUAACAGCAAGCGGAUAGCCAUCGAGACCACAACAACCACCACCAUGCCGGAGGCUACCUUAGAGCCACCCAUGGCUAUGGACAUGCCCGUGAAUGAGCAAGCUCUGUCCAUUCCUAUUCCUGAACCCCCUUUAGCUAUUCCAAUACCGGAGCCACCAAUGCCUGUGGACAUAUCCCUCCCUGAACCCCCAGUGACGCUGAACCUACCCCUGACAGAGCUGUCUGAAUCAAAGACCUCACCCGAGGGCACUCUGGACAUCAACAACCAUUGCCCCAGACUGAAUGGAAACAGGCGGCAGCGGGCAGUCCGUAAGUACAGGCCUCCUGCGAUGGGGGACACGCUGACCCCUGAUAUGGGGCCCAGGCCCAGGCCCCGAGGCCCACACCACCGUGAACCUCAAACAGAUGCCAGGGGUAAAGAAACACCACAAGGAGACGGUGGUGUUGACAGUAGAGAACAAAGGCCAUGGAAUGAGGGAGAUGAAAAGGAUUCAAAGAAUGAUGGAGAGAUCAGUCCAGAUGGCAGGGUGCUUGAACAGAGGCAGAACAAACCAGACAACUCUGAAUCAUCAGAAACCAAACCAACCAAUUCCCCCCACAAAAACCCACCUCAGGACUCAGAACCUGCAACUCUACAGCUCACUGACAGCACUCUCCAGCAGUCCCCACAGGCAACUUUGGGUGCCAGCGAGACCGAUAAUAACAACCACGGAUGCUUGAAUCAGGAUAAGUCCUCCUUCAACACCAGCAUCAUGAUAGAGGUCACCGACACUCAGCCAUCCAUGGAGCUGACCUCCAUUACGGGUUUGAGCAUCCCUGCACCACUGAUAACCCUAUUGAUAAGAUCAGCUAGACUGAUUGUUCCAUUUGCUUUCACUGGUGUCUUCACAUUUGAAAUGAUAAUCAAAAUGAUUGAGCAGGGUUUGAUCUUACACGAUGGCUCCUAUUUCCGUGACCUGUGGAACAUUCUGGACUUCAUAGUUGUGGUGGGAGCUCUGGUAGCCUUUGCUCUCACGAAUGUGAUGGGGAGUAACACAGGAAGAGACAUUAAAACCAUCAAAUCACUCCGUGUUCUCAGAGUAUUGAGGCCUCUUAAGACUAUUAAAAGACUUCCCAAACUCAAGGCUGUGUUUGACUGUGUGGUCACAUCGCUAAAGAAUGUCUUCAACAUCCUCAUCGUCUACAAGCUCUUUAUGUUCAUAUUUGCAGUCAUUGCAGUGCAACUUUUCAAAGGGAAAUUUUACUACUGUACCGACAGUUCCAAGGACACAGAAAACGAGUGCAAGGGUUACUACAUUGACUAUGACAAAGACAAGAAAAAGGAGAAACGAGAGUGGAAGAGACGUGAUUUUCAUUAUGAUAACAUAAUGUGGGCUUUGUUGACUCUCUUCACUGUAUCCACUGGCGAAGGGUGGCCGCAAGUUUUGCAGCACUCUGUGGAUGUGACCGAGGAGGACCGGGGUCCCAGUCAGGGAAACAGAAUGGAGAUGUCCAUCUUUUAUGUCAUUUAUUUUGUGGUGUUCCCCUUCUUCUUCGUCAACAUAUUUGUGGCCCUCAUCAUCAUCACCUUCCAAGAGCAGGGUGACAAAAUGAUGGAGGAGUGCAGUCUGGAGAAAAACGAGAGGGCUUGUAUCGACUUUGCCAUCAGUGCCAAACCUUUGACUCGCUAUAUGCCUCAGAACAGACAGACCUUACAGUACCGGCUGUGGCACUUUGUGGUGUCUCCCGUAUUUGAAUACACCAUACUGACGAUGAUUGCCCUUAACACCAUUGUUCUCAUGAUGAAGCAUCAUGAUCCUCGUAUUGAAGGUUAUGACAAUGCUCUAAAAUACCUCAACACUGUGUUCACUGUUAUUUUCACUGUGGAAUGUGUUCUCAAGAUCCUGGCAUUUGGAAUUAUGAAUUAUUUCAGAGACACAUGGAAUAUAUUUGACUUCAUCACAGUCCUAGGAAGCAUCACUGAAAUUGUGGUUGACAAAGUCCACACUGUAAAAGGUUUUAAUAUGGGCUUCCUGAAGUUAUUCCGGGCAGCUCGGCUGAUUAAACUUCUGCGUCAGGGCUACACCAUUCGUAUUCUGCUCUGGACUUUUGUCCAGUCCUUCAAGGCUCUUCCAUAUGUUUGUCUGCUAAUCGCCAUGCUGUUUUUCAUCUAUGCCAUCAUUGGCAUGCAGGUAUUCGGCAACAUCAAGCUAAAUCCCAAAACCCAAAUCAACGAACACAAUAACUUUAGGACAUUUUUUGGUGCUCUCAUGCUGUUGUUUAGGAGUGCAACAGGUGAGUCAUGGCAAGAAAUCAUGUUAUCGUGUUUAGGAGAGAAGGAUUGUGAAAAAGACGAAUCACUCAACAACUCAACAACAAAUGAGAAAAAAGAUUGUGGUACCGAAUUUGCAUACUUCUACUUUGUCUCCUUCAUCUUCUUCAGUUCUUUUCUGAUGCUAAAUCUGUUUGUGGCCGUGAUCAUGGAUAAUUUUGAGUACCUGACGCGUGACUCGUCCAUUCUGGGUCCUCACCACUUGGAUGAGUUUGUACGGAUCUGGGGAGAGUAUGACCGUGCAGCAUGUGGCCGUAUUCAUUACACUGAUAUGUACGAGAUGCUGACCUGCAUGUCGCCACCGCUUGGCCUGGGCAAGAAAUGCCCCUCCAAAGUGGCGUAUAAGCGGUUGGUUCUGAUGAACAUGCCAGUGGAUGAGGACAUGUCCGUCCACUUCACCUCCACACUUAUGGCCCUGAUACGCACUGCGCUGGACAUUAAAAUCGCUCGAGGGGGUGAGGACAGGGGUCAGAUGGACAUAGAAUUGCAGAAGGAAAUCAGUGUCAUCUGGCCACACCUCUCCCAGAAAUCUCUUGAUCUGUUUGUACCCGUCCACAAAGCUAGUGACAUGACCAUUGGGAAGAUUUAUGCAGCCAUGAUGAUCAUGGACUACUACAAGCAGAACAAAGCUAAGAAGCUCCGUCAACAGCUUGAGGAACAGAAACAUGCACCGAUGUUCCAGCGCAUGGAUGCGUCUUCACUGCCACAGGAAAUUCUCUGCAGUGCCAAAGCUCUGCCAUUCCUGUCACACAAUGCAGGAUCUGCCCUGAGUAGAGGUGGGUUUGUAGCACUGAGUCCCAUAUCACCCCAAGACCUCUUCAUGCAGCCCUUGGCCCAAGACAGCAUGGAAGAGAGGGAUGAAUACCAACACCAGUAUCACCUUCAGAGUAUGAUGCCAGAGCACAAAGACUUUAGCAGUGUGCUGUGCCCCACUAGCAUGGAGGCUGAUCCUCUGCAAGUGCCAGGGAGAGGUGUCUCUAUCCGAGCCUCUUCCAUGCCUCGCCUGGCGGUAGAGCCACAGGUGUCUUCAGAGAGUAAACUGAUGAAGCGCUCAUUCUCCACGAUCGGUGAUCAGUGUGUGAAUGGUGACUGGCAGGAAGAGUUCUCUCUGGAGAGGGUGAGCCCAGACCGACUGGAAAGACCCAGGCAAAGAAGCUUUAGAGCUGUCAGGUCAAACCUGCGGGAGCCAGUGGACAAAGAGAGAGGACGGUCUAAAGAGCGAAGACACCUGCUGUCUCCAGACGUGUCUCGCUGCAACUCAGAGGAAAGGAGUCAGUCCCAGGAGAGACGCCACUCUCGAUCGCCCAGUGAGGGCAGGAAACACACGACCCUCGGACAGGGAAAUAGUUCAUGCAGCCCAAUUCCCUCCACUUCUGAUUCAGGGACGCCUCGAGGGCGCCGCCAACUCCCACAGACACCUUCUCGGCCUCGGCCCCACAUCUCCUACUCUCCGUUAGUGUGCCGUGCCCAUCCGACACAAGGAGAGGUACAGUCACUGGUACUGCCCACAGAGGAAGGGGAGGGUCCAACCGGGACCGGGCAAGGCACCGCUAUGGCCCACUCUACCCCUCACCGCUACAUCUCAGAGCCAUACCUGUCACUGCAGGAGGACGUUAACGGUCCAGACUCAAGUGGUGUAGAGGAGACUCUCACUUUUGAGGCUGCCAUGGCAACCAGCCUGGGAUGUUCCAACACCAUCAGCUCUGCUCCACAACUACGUCAUAACUGGCAGGUGCCUAACGGGCAUUUCCGUAAACGACUAGCACAAGCCACAUCAGGGACGUCAGGCUGUGAGCUUCUCAGUGACACUGAUGAGGAUGACCGGUGUUAGAUUGACAUUCGGGUUGAUGCCUCUGAACUUUGUGCCUCAAUCUAAGGAAAAAAUAUGCCUGUGUGUGUUUAUUUGUUUGUCUGUGAAUGUGGAGUCUGAUCAGAGAUGUGUAAUCAUCUCCGAAGAACCAUACUAAAGAUUUAAAGAUCACAAAGCAUGAGCACACUGAGGUUGAAGAUCGGGUUUGUGCCCUUACACUUUCUCUGAACCCACCCGCAGAUAAAGUGCUGGCUAAUGCAGAUGCAUCCAAAAGCAUCAUCAGGAUUUGGGUCUUGCCUGAAUGCACUCAGGUUUCUAAACCUGCCUCCACAUAUUGAGAUGUCCCAUCAGCAGAAAAUCUGUAUACUGAUAAGGACAUUGUGUUCAGACACAGCGUUUACAUGGUCCUUUCCUGGCAUGAUAUACAGCAGUGUACAUGUGGAAGCCACUUAUUUUUGAUUUUCAGAGGCUGAUGGGCAGAUAACAGAUGUGUAACGGGGGAUUUGACAUCCUGAUUGUUCUGCUACCUGUGUCGGUGGUUUAUUUAGGAGGUACACACAAGCUUAUGCUCUAAUACACACACUAAGAAUGCAGGAAGUGAUGUUCAGUCUGUCUAUGACAAGAGGUAAAUACCCCUUUAACUACAUAUCGUAAUAAUGACUGACAUUCUAUGAAGGUAACAGGGAUGUGAAGGGCCUGAUAAAUUGUGCAUGACGUUAAUGCAGGUGGAUCUAGGUGACAUCCUGGCCUUUAACAGUGGAGUCUAUAUGGAGGACUCGUGUAUCGUAUGUAAAUACUAUAAAUCCAGUAUAUGUACUAAGAAGAUUCCAAGCCAUGUUUUCUGUAAAGAACUUUGUCUUAAAGUCAAAGUUCUUAAAGAUAUUAUCUUUUUUGACAUGAUGACCAAUCCCUGUCCUCUCUAUUUGUUAUGCGAACUAUUUGAAAUGGUUAUGGUUCACAUACACCAUGCUAUGUUUGAUUAGAUCUUAUCAUCUAAUUCUUUUCUAGCUGAUUUUUCUUGGCCCUUAAGAACAUUUCUAAAGUCUCUCUUUGGGUGAAUCUCACAAAGCCUGUCGGGGUCAUUAUUUCACCACAAAGCCAAGAGGAAAAAUAGCGUAUUAUAUUUUGCAGAAAGAAAAUGAAGUGUUCAUUAUGCAAGCAACCACUAUGAAUUUUUGCAUUGCUACAUAGAUUUUUUUACUUGUGCAGUAAAUGCAAUACAAAAGUAUAAUGGGUUGCGAACAUUACUUCAAAAUGUAUUUUUGAAGUAUUUAUACAGUAGAGUCUUAUGAGAAUCUUGUGAGAAUAAUAAUGAUAAAAAAUUCUGGAUGCACUGCAAUCAUGAGAAUUUGGAGGAAAAAUGUACUUAAUUGUCAUAAAAACAAUGUCACAAUGCAAAUAAUCUUAAUGGUACAGAAAUAGGGAUUCUUCCUUCCUAUGCAAAUUAUAAUUUCAAAGCAACAACAACAACAAAAAGGGUAAGAUAUGACCUGUACAUGUUUUACUGUGAUUCACCCCUUUAGCUCUAUUAAUAGAAUGGGAAAGCAAUUUCAAUGAGUGUUUGUUGCCUUAGGGUUCAUUUGUAAUGUUUAUUGUGAAUUUCCAUAUAUAGUUUGGCUUAGAAACUGAACGAGUCCUGUAGUUUAAACUGAUGAGAAGCAUCACCUCCUUCUUACGUGCUAGGCCUUGCAGAAAAGCUGCUCUUGCAAAUGCAUUUGCAGAAAUUCAAAAUGUACGUUUAGACUAAAUAUGGUGAGCUGGGUUUGAAACAGCUGUAGGAAGUGGGCAUAGCGUGUAACAUUAGUCUUUGAGUAUUGUAGCAGAAGUAUGGAACCAAUGUUAUUGGUCACCCAACAUGCCUCCUCAGACUGGUCUCCUCUCUCGAUUCCACACAAAUAAAUACAAAGAAACAAACAAAACAUUAGAUAAUACUAUUACAAAAGAUAAUAACACAGCAUUUUUAAAGUAAUAAACAUCUUUUGUUAGCUUCUGUAUAUCCAGCAUCUUAUUAAAAUCAUUUUAAAAUCAGUUGCCCCUUAAAAGAGAAUUUCUGUAUCAUGUGUUGUGUUGUAAUUUGUUUUCUUGACAUGUUCUUGAAUGUGAAUAUUUGGUAUUUGUUCUUCAUGGCCUGCUGGGGGUCGCUGCCUUGUGAAUUAUAUGAAAUAAAAAAAGA